GAAAACUUUAAUGAGUACAAGUUGCUGCCAAAACGGAAAGACAGCCAGGCAAAAGGCGGCAGGCAAACGAAUUGUCGGGCAGCUGUCCUUGCUGCAUCGCAAUUCGCAGCCAAGUCAAACGAAUCGAGCACGCCACGGGUAGCAGACAGGUUCCUUGGUUUUCCGCAUAAAGAGAAAUUCUCCGGGGAGCUGGAAUAGGAGAAAAAGGUGAAAGUGAAAAGUGCACAAUGAAACCGGGACCAGAAACCACCGAUGAGGGUGAAGAAGAUGGCGAAGCACAGGAUCAUCACGAGGGGGAUCCCCGACCACUGCCGUACGACUUCGAAAAGGAAUUGAUCCAGAAAUCCAACCGACACAUCCGACUUUAUGAAACCUUUGUUCCAGUUAGCCAAGUUAAUCCACUGACCAGGAAGUUCUACGCCAAGUUUGAACAACGUCAACCGCCGGAUCCAUUGCGCUACCUUCGGCACACCUGGCCGGAGAAACAGCUUGAGCGCCAGAGUCAGCUGACGAAGUCGAUUCCGCUGUUGGAGUCCCAGGUAUACGGCUGGCUCCCACUCCAAAGUGGGGAGCAGGUCGCAAAUUUGAACUUUUUACAUGCUCCAAAACUUCGCUGCGGCAUGACGGUCCACGGAGAGCGAUUGAUAGCGGAGAGGAUUACGGCGCGACCAUCUUUCAACGGACUUAGAUUCCUGCUUCACUAAUCUACCGGGAAAUACAUACAUAUACGAACUCACAUAGUGAUCAAUUGGUUACGGGGACUCACCAUUUUACAUUCAAAAGUUUGAUUCCUCUGUUCAAAGCUUUUACAAGUUCGCUUAUGUGUAUACAGUAGUAUUAAUUUUUGUUAUGAAACAAAAUAAAAAUCUUUGGAGUCAAAAUAUGUUUCAUUCAAAACAUUUGAGGGUUUGGUAAUAAUUAAUACCAUUAUUUAUAAAUCGUUUGCCGUUCAGAGGGUUAAUUUGAACUACCCAAGCAAUGUGUCAACUCUGCCUCGAUUACUUUUGUUUCAGAGUUGAG